AUGAAUCAGCUGGACGCAAAUGAAAGGGCCGCCGGCGACGCAACAACCAAACCUGUUGGAGGAACAGACAUUGAUCUGAAGUCUGUUAUCUCUCGUAUACACGGUCUAACAACGUUUGUCCGAGCAAGUCCUCAACGACGUGAACAGUUUAAGUCUACGAUGACUCUGUGA